AUGUCUAAACCUUCUGCAACUACCUUGAGGAGUAUGAUUGAUACUGUUUCUGCCAUUUAUGGCUCACUUUUAUCAAUCGGCGAUGAUAAGGCAAUUACUAAUGCAAUUAUAAUUCACUUAGUAAUGACUAAAGUAGAUCCAAUCACUAGAUCAAAAUGGAAAGAGCAAUUUGAUUAUGAAAAGUUGCCCUUAUGGAGUGAUUCACCACAUUAUUUAGCAAAUUGUCCUUCAUUCUCUGCAGUGCCAGUGCAACAGAGAUUUGAUUUUGUCAAAGGUGUUCCCGCUUGUAUAAAUUGUUUUAAAAAAGGACAUACUGUAACGAAAUGCAAAGCAUCGAGAUGUCGUGUUUGUAAUCGAUCACAUCACACAUUAUUACACAUAUAUGCUACAAAUAAUGUCCAACCAGAAAAUGUUGAAAGUUCUGAUCCUAAUGGAGCUUCAACUUCAAGAGCUUUUGUAAACCAUUCAUCUUCGGCAAAAGAUAAUGUAAUUUUAGCAACGGCUUUAGUUCGGAUCAAAAAUAAAUCAGGUCAAUAUGUUUUAGCUAGAGCUCUUUUGGAUUCAGGUUCACAAAUAAAUUUUGUUACUGAGGAAUUAUCUCAGCGACUACAAUUACAGAAACAGGAAAGAAAUCUCAGCCUUAUUGGUAUUGGCAGAACGAAUUCUUCUGCAAAAUAUAAACUUCAGGCUACAGUGAAAUCUCGAAUGAAUUCGCAUGAAUUUUCGGCAGAAUUUUGGGUUCUUCGAUCGAUUUCCAACUAUCAACCAGAUCAUAUAAUUUCUACAUCUGAUUGGAAUUUGCCAGGGAAUAUAGAAUUAGCUGAUCCAUAUUUUAAUAGACCGCAAAGAAUUGAUAUGUUGAUCGGCGCUGAGAUUUUCUUCGAACUGCUAUGCGUUGGUCAAAUAAAACUAAAUCCAAAUAUCCCAACACUUCAGAAAACACUUUUAGGAUGGAUAGUUUCGGGAAAAUAUAAAGAAGUGAAGCAUUUUAUUAAGAAUUUAUGCCAUUUAAGUACUCUGAAUGAAAACGAAGAUUCAUUAGAUUCAAUAGUUCGUAGAUUUUGGGAAUUAGAAGAAAUUCCUAGAGAGGCAAAUGUUUUAUCAUUAGAACAGCAAGAAUGUGAGAAAAGCUUUAUGAAAUCUGUUCAGCGAAUGCCGUCGGGCAGAUUUAAAGUGGCGCUACCUUUUAAAGCGAAUCCAAACACACUGGGUCUCUCUUUUGAAACAGCUAAGAGAAGAUUCUUAUCGUUAGAACGUCGGCUGUCAAAAGAACCACAAACAAAAGAGAUGUACAAUUCUUUCAUGAAAGAGUACAUUAAUUUGGGUCAUAUGUCUAUUGCAGAUAAUAAAGUACCCGCGGGUUCUCACUACUUUAUUCCACAUCAAUGUGUAUUACGCCCGCAAAGUUCUACUACAAAACUUCGGGUAGUUUUCGACGCCUCUUGUAAAACAUCUACACAACUCUCUCUCAAUGAUCUACUAAUGAUCGGUCCUACGAUUCAAGAGGAGUUGUAUUCAACACUUCUUCGUUUUCUAAUGCAUAAAUAUGCUAUUACAGCUGACAUUGAGAAUAUGUACCGUCAGGUUUUAAUUUACGAGGCUGACAGAAAUUAUCAACUAAUAUUAUGGCGUGAAGAUCAGUCUCGAAGUCUUGAGAUAUAUAAACUAAACACAGUGACUUAUGGUACAUCGUCAGCUCCGUUUUUGGCAAUACGUUGCCUUACGUAUUUGAGCGAAUUAUUUGAGAAAUCUUUGCCAAUUGGUUCUAAAGUUGUAAAGAGAGACUUUUAUGUAAUAAGAUCCCAAGUCACACAAAUUUUACAAUCGGCAGGUUUUAAUCUUACGAAAUGGUUUUCUAAUUGUUAUAGUCAAAAUUCGAUAACUAUUCAAAAAUCAGUACAAAUAAAUCAGGACUUUACUAAAACCUUAGGCACUUAUUGGAUUCCGAAGAGUGACGUAUUUAAAUACCAUUUGGAUGAUUGUUUUAUAAACUUGAAAGCUACAAAACGAAAUAUUUUGUCAGUUUCGGCAAGACUAUUCGAUCCACUCGGACUUUUGUGCCCAUUGAUUAUCAAGGCAAAAGUUCUUCUUCAAGAACUAUGGCUAAUGCAGCUAGAUUGGGAUGAGUCUAUUCCUACACGCCUUGAUACUUCUUGGACCAGUUUUAAAGCCAAUUUAUUAAAAAUUUAUAUAAUAGAAAUCCCUAGAUUUGUUUUGACAACAUCUAAUGCUGAAUGUCAAAUUCAUGGGUUUUCUGAUGCCUCUAUGCGAGCUUAUGGCUGUUGCAUUUAUAUCCGGAGUAGAGCUUCUGGUAAAACUUCUUGUCGAUUACUAACGGCCAAAUCAAAAGUUGAUCCUCUGAAGACCAAGUCUCUACCAAGACUUGAACUAUGCGCAGCACAUUUAUUAACCAAGUUAUGGUCCAAAAUAAAGCAUACUGUAUUAUUUAAAGUGGAAAACGUAACAUUUUGGACUGAUUCAGAAAUUACGUUGCAUUGGAUUCAAACUCAUCCUUCUACUCUGGCAACAUUCGUAUCAAAUCGAGUUUCAGAAAUACAAGAACUAUCAGACCAAGCCACAUGGCGUCAUGUUCCAACUAAAGAAAAUCCGGCUGAUAUUGUUUCUAGAGGAUGUAAUGUCGAAGAAUUAGUUGACUCUAUUUGGUUUAAUGGCCCAAAGUUUCUACUCGAUGAGUGUAAUACGUGGCCAAUAAAUGACCAUUUCGAUUUAACUCCCGAACAAGAGUCACUUGAAAAAAGGAAAACUAAUGUGUUGUUGGCUGUAGAAGAAAACGAAACUAAUCAUAUUACAUCUUUGAUUACAAAUGUCAUACGGGAAAAACAGUCAGGUGUGAUAGCAAAUGUUAUUAAUCGUAUGUAUAUGGAUAAAAAAGUGACAGUACGUAUGUAA